AUGAUCGUAAAACGGCCAGUCCCUGUUUCCUGGGCCAACAACUUACCCCAGUUCAUAUUAGAAUAUCUCUUCUCCUACCUCAGCGUUGAAGACCUGAGGAAUUGUGCACUUGUCUGCACCAAGUGGUACAAAAUCUUAAACGAUGAGAACAAUGACGUUUGGAGGCUGCAUUGUGUACACAAACUUGCUCAGGAAGCUCUCAACUCCGACCUACUAAGCCACAUUCCAUCCUACAAAAACAAACUGCGGGCAUUUUAUUAUGCCUGGAACCCUAAUGAUUGCUCCAGAAAUAUUUACAUAAAAAGCAAUGGUUUCACGCUACAUAGAAAUCCCGUUGCACAAAGUACAGAUGGGGCCAGGAGUAAGUUAGGAUUUAAAAAUGGCAGGCAUUGUUGGGAGGUAUGGUGGGAGGGUCCUUUAGGUACGGUGGCAGUGGUGGGCAUCGCAACAAAGGCAGCAGCCAUGCAGUCUCAGGGUUACCUUCCUCUCCUGGGCAACGAUACCGAAAGUUGGGGCUGGAAUCUGGUGGACAACCAUCUACUCCACAAUGGAGAUGCCCAGGGAAACUACCCUGUUAUCACUACGCCACCCACCUAUCAAGUCGGUGAAAAAAUAAGAAUAAUCCUCGAUUGUGAUGACAACACAUUAGCAUUCGAAAAAAAUUACGAAUUCUUAGGUAUCGCUUUUAAAAAUUUACCAGACGUCAAACUAUACCCAGCCGUGUCAGCUGUCUAUGGCAACACCGAGGUGUCCAUGGUGUAUCUAGGCCAGCCCUUGGAUGGCUGA